UCCGGGGGAACAGCGGUGCGAGCUCCAGGCCAGUGCACUGAGGAGGCUGAAACGGGGGAGCCCCCAGUGCUCCAUCAGGCCCCUACCAAAGGCACCCCCAUCGGGUCCACGCCCCCCACCCCCCUCCCCGCCUCCUCCCAAUUGUGCAUUUUUGCAGCCGGAGGCGUCUCCGAGAUGGGGCUGUGAGCUUCGUCCCGGGAGGGGGAAAGGAGCGAGGAGUAAAGCAGGGGUGAAGGGUUCGAAUUUGGGGGCAGGGGGCGCACCCACGUCAGCAGGCCCUUCCCAAGGGGCUCGGAACUGUACCUUUUCACCUACGCCCCUGGUUCGCUUUGCUUAAGGAAAGGAUAAGAAUAGAAGAGUCGGGGAGAGGAAGAUAAAGGGGGACCCCCCAAUUGGGGGGGGCGAGGACGAGAAGUAAGAGGACCAGAGGGUGGGGGCUGCUGCUUGCAUCGGCCCACACCAUGCUGACCCCGCCGUUACUGCUGCUGCUGCCCCUGCUUUCUGCUAUGGUCGCCGGGGCCACUAUCGAUGCCCCUAAGACGUGCAGCCCUAAGCAGUUUGCUUGCAGAGACCAGAUCACCUGCAUCUCGAAGGGCUGGCGAUGUGAUGGGGAAAGGGACUGCCCAGACGGCUCCGAUGAGGCCCCUGAGAUCUGUCCCCAAAGUAAAGCCCAGAGAUGUCAACCAAAUGAACACAAUUGUCUGGGGACCGAGCUGUGUGUUCCCAUGUCUCGUCUCUGCAACGGGGUCCAAGACUGUUUGGACGGUUCAGAUGAGGGUGCUCACUGCCGAGAGCUCCGUGUCAACUGCUCUCAAAUGGGCUGCCAGCACCACUGUGUCCCCACACCCAGUGGACCCACCUGCUUCUGUAACAGCAGCUUCCAGCUGCAGGCGGACGGCAAGACGUGCAAAGAUUUUGAUGAGUGUUCAGUGUAUGGCACCUGCAGCCAGCUUUGCACCAACACAGACGGCUCCUUCACGUGUGGCUGUGUGGAAGGCUACCUGCUGCAGCCGGACAACCGCUCAUGCAAGGCCAAGAAUGAGCCAGUAGAUCGGCCUCCUGUGCUACUGAUCGCCAACUCCCAGAACAUCCUAGCUACAUACCUGAAUGGAGCCCAGGUGUCUACCAUCACACCCACCAGCACCCGGCAGACCACAGCCAUGGACUUCAGCUACGCCAAUGAGACUGUAUGCUGGGUGCAUGUCGGGGACAGUGCCGCCCAGACACAGCUCAAGUGUGCCCGGAUGCCCGGCCUGAAGGGCUUCGUGGAUGAGCAUACCAUCAAUAUCUCCCUUAGUCUGCACCAUGUGGAACAGAUGGCUAUGGAUUGGCUGACAGGAAACUUCUACUUUGUGGAUGACAUCGAUGACAGGAUCUUCGUCUGCAACCGAAAUGGGGACACCUGUGUCACCCUGCUCGACCUGGAACUCUACAACCCCAAAGGCAUCGCCCUGGACCCUGCCAUGGGGAAGGUAUUCUUCACUGACUAUGGGCAGAUCCCAAAGGUGGAGCGCUGCGACAUGGAUGGCCAGAACCGCACCAAACUGGUCGAUAGCAAGAUCGUAUUCCCGCACGGCAUCACCCUGGACCUGGUCAGCCGCCUGGUCUACUGGGCGGAUGCCUACCUAGACUACAUUGAGGUGGUGGACUAUGAGGGCAAGGGCCGGCAGACCAUCAUCCAAGGCAUCCUGAUUGAGCACCUGUACGGCUUGACCGUGUUUGAGAACUACCUGUACGCUACCAACUCGGACAAUGCCAACACCCAGCAGAAGACCAGCGUGAUUCGAGUGAACCGCUUCAACAGCACCGAGUACCAGGUUGUCACCCGCGUGGACAAGGGUGGUGCCCUGCACAUCUACCACCAGAGGCGUCAGCCCCGAGUGCGGAGUCAUGCCUGUGAGAAUGACCAGUAUGGGAAGCCAGGUGGCUGCUCCGACAUCUGCCUGCUAGCCAACAGCCACAAGGCGAGGACCUGCCGGUGCCGCUCUGGCUUCAGCCUGGGAAGUGAUGGGAAGUCCUGCAAGAAGCCUGAACACGAACUGUUCCUCGUGUAUGGCAAGGGCCGGCCGGGCAUCAUCAGAGGCAUGGACAUGGGGGCCAAGGUCCCGGAUGAACACAUGAUCCCCAUUGAGAACCUUAUGAAUCCACGGGCUCUGGACUUCCACGCGGAGACCGGCUUCAUCUACUUCGCUGACACCACCAGCUACCUCAUCGGCCGCCAGAAAAUCGACGGCACCGAGAGGGAGACCAUCCUGAAGGACGGCAUUCACAAUGUGGAGGGCGUAGCUGUGGACUGGAUGGGAGACAAUCUUUAUUGGACUGAUGACGGCCCCAAGAAGACCAUUAGCGUGGCCAGGCUGGAGAAAGCCGCCCAGACUAGAAAGACUCUAAUUGAGGGCAAGAUGACACACCCCAGGGCCAUUGUAGUGGAUCCGCUCAAUGGGUGGAUGUACUGGACAGACUGGGAGGAAGACCCCAAGGACAGCCGGCGAGGGCGUCUGGAGAGGGCUUGGAUGGACGGCUCACACCGAGACAUCUUUGUCACCUCCAAGACAGUGCUUUGGCCCAAUGGGCUAAGCCUGGAUAUCCCGGCUGGACGCCUCUAUUGGGUCGAUGCCUUCUAUGAUCGGAUCGAGACCAUACUGCUCAAUGGCACUGACCGGAAGAUUGUAUACGAGGGUCCUGAAUUGAAUCAUGCCUUUGGCCUGUGUCACCAUGGCAACUACCUCUUUUGGACCGAGUACCGGAGUGGCAGUGUCUACCGCCUGGAACGGGGUGCAGCAGGUGCACCCCCUACCGUGACCCUUCUGCGCAGCGAGCGGCCUCCUAUCUUUGAGAUCCGAAUGUACGAUGCGCAGCAGCAGCAAGUGGGUACCAACAAAUGCCGGGUAAAUAAUGGGGGCUGCAGCAGCCUGUGCCUCGCCACCCCUGGGAGCCGCCAGUGUGCCUGUGCUGAAGACCAGGUGUUGGAUACAGAUGGCGUCACUUGCUUGGCGAACCCAUCCUACGUGCCCCCACCGCAGUGCCAGCCGGGCGAGUUUGCCUGCGCCAACAGCCGCUGUAUCCAGGAGCGAUGGAAGUGUGACGGUGACAACGACUGCCUGGACAACAGCGACGAGGCGCCAGCGCUCUGCCAUCAGCACACCUGCCCCUCGGACCGGUUCAAGUGUGAGAACAACCGGUGCAUCCCCAACCGCUGGCUCUGUGACGGGGACAACGACUGUGGCAACAGCGAAGACGAAUCCAACGCCACCUGCUCAGCUCGCACCUGCCCACCCAACCAGUUCUCCUGUGCCAGCGGCCGCUGCAUCCCUAUCUCCUGGACCUGUGAUCUGGAUGAUGACUGCGGGGACCGCUCCGAUGAGUCAGCCUCAUGUGCCUAUCCCACCUGCUUCCCCCUGACUCAGUUUACCUGCAACAAUGGCAGAUGCAUCAACAUCAACUGGCGAUGUGACAAUGAGAAGGAUUGUGGGGACGGCUCUGACGAAAAGACCUGCGGCUGCAGUCACUCCUGCUCCAGCACCCAGUUCAAGACUAACAGCGGGCGCUGCAUCCCUGAAAACUGGACCUGUGACGGGGACAACGACUGUGGGACUAACAGCGACGAGACGCAUGCCAACUGUACCAACCAGGCCACCAGACCUCCUGGAGGCUGCCAUACCGAUGAGUUCCAGUGCCGGCUGGAUGGGCUCUGCAUCCCCCUGCGGUGGCGCUGUGACGGAGACACCGACUGCAUGGAUUCCAGUGACGAGAAGAGCUGCGAGGGCGUGACCCAUGUUUGUGACCCAAACGUCAAGUUCGGCUGCAAGGACUCAGCUCGGUGCAUCAGCAAAGCGUGGGUGUGUGACGGAGACAGCGACUGUGAGGACAACUCGGACGAGGAGAACUGUGAGGCCCUGGCCUGCAGGCCACCCUCACAUCCCUGUGCCAACAACACCUCCGUCUGCCUGCCCCCUGACAAGCUGUGUGAUGGCAAAGACGACUGUGAAGACGGCUCGGACGAGGGCGAGCUGUGCGACCAGUGCUCUCUGAAUAACGGUGGCUGCAGUCACAACUGCUCGGUGGCUCCCAGUGAAGGCAUCGUGUGUUCUUGCCCACUGGGCAUGGAGCUGGGCCCUGACAACCACACCUGCCAGAUCCAGAGCUACUGUGCCAAGCACCUCAAGUGCAGCCAGAAAUGUGACCAGAACAAGUUCAGCGUGAAGUGCUCCUGCUACGAGGGCUGGGUCUUGGAGCCUGACGGCGAGAGCUGCCGCAGUCUGGACCCCUUCAAACCUUUCAUCAUCUUCUCCAACCGCCACGAGAUCAGGCGCAUUGACCUUCACAAGGGGGACUACAGUGUCCUGGUGCCCGGCCUGCGCAACACCAUUGCCCUGGACUUCCACCUCAGCCAGAGUGCCCUCUACUGGACCGACGUGGUAGAAGACAAGAUCUACCGUGGGAAGCUUCUGGACAACGGAGCCCUGACCAGCUUUGUAGUGAUUCAGUAUGGCUUGGCCACACGAGGUCUGGCUGUGGACUGGAUCGCCGGGAAUAUCUACUGGGUGGAGAGCAACCUGGACCAGAUCGAGGUGGCCAAGCGAGGAACCCUCCGGACCACUCUUCUGGCGGGGGACAUUGAGCACCCAGGGCCAUUCGCUGACCCUCGGGAUGGGAUCCUGUUUUGGACAGACUGGGAUGCCAGCCUGCCACGGAUUGAGGCGGCAUCCAUGAGUGGCGGCGACGCACGCACUAUCCACCGAGAGACAGGCUCUGGGGGCUGGCCCAACGGGCUUACCGUGGACUCCCUGGAGAAGCGUAUCCUCUGGAUUGAUGCCAGGUCAGACGCCAUCUACUCAGCCCGGUAUGACGGCUCCGGUCACAUGGAGGUGCUGCGGGGACACGAGUUCCUGUCGCACCCAUUCGCAGUGACGCUGUAUGGCGGGGAGGUGUACUGGACCGACUGGCGGACAAACACACUGGCCAAGGCCAACAAGUGGACUGGCCACAAUGUCACUGUGGUGCAGAGGACCAACACACAACCCUUCGACCUGCAGGUCUAUCACCCCUCCGGCCAGCCCAUGGCUCCAAAUCCAUGUGAGGCCAACGGUGGCCGGGGCCCUGUUCCCACCUGUGCCUCAUCAAAUACAAACCGAACUGUCUCCUGUGCCUGCCCCCACCUCAUGAAGCUCAAGGACAAUACCACCUGCUACGAGUUUAAGAAGUUCCUGCUGUACGCAGUCAGAUGGAGUCCGGGCGUGGACCUGGAUGCCCCCCUACUACAUUACAUCAUCUCCUUCACGGUGCCCGACGACAACGUCACGGUGCUGGACUAUGAUGCGGCCGAGCAGCGUGUUUUACUGGUCGACGUGCGCACGCAAGCCAUCAAGCGGGCCUUCAUCAAUGACGGCGUGGAGACGGUCGUCUCUGCAGACUGUGCAAACACAACCCACGGACUGGCUGUGGACUGGGUGUCCCGAAAUCUAGUCUGGACAAGUUACGACACCAACAAGAAGCAGAUUAACGUGGCCCGGCUAGAUGGCUCCUUCAGAUGCCGUGGUGCAGGCCUUGAACAGCCUCAUGGCCUGGUCGUCCACCCGCUUCGUGGAAAGCUCUACUGGACUGACGGUGACAACAUCAGCAUGGCCAACAUGGAUGGGAGUAACCACACUCUGCUCUUCAGUGGCCAGAAGGGUUCCCGUGGGUAUGUGCUGCCUCGCGUUGCUCCUGCAGGGUUGGCGAUUGACUUCCCCGAAAGCAAACUCUACUGGAUCAGCUCUGGGAACCACACAAUCAACCGUUGCAAUCUAGACGGGAGUGGCCUGGAGAUCAUCGACACCAUGCGGAGCCAGCUGGGCAAGGCCACCGCUCUGGCCGUCAUGGGGGACAAGCUGUGGUGGGCCGAUCAGUUGUCGGAGAAGAUGGGCACGUGCAACAAGGCGGACGGUUCAGGGUCUGUAGUGCUGAGGAACAGCACCACGUUGGUGAUGCACAUGAAGGUGUAUGACGAGAACAUCCAGCUAGAACGUGAGGGCACCAACCCCUGCAGCGUCAACAAUGGAGAUUGCUCCCAGCUCUGCCUGCCAACCUCAGAGACAACUCGGUCCUGUAUGUGCACUGCUGGCUACAGCCUCCGGAGCGGACAGCAGGCCUGCGAGGGUGUGGGCUCUUUCCUCCUGUACUCCGUGCAUGAGGGAAUCCGGGGGAUCCCAUUGGAUCCCAAUGACAAGUCCGACGCCCUGGUCCCAGUGUCGGGAACUUCACUGGCUGUUGGGAUCGACUUCCAUGCUGAAAAUGACACUAUUUACUGGGUGGACAUGGGCCUGAGCACCAUCAGCCGGGCCAAGCGUGACCAGACAUGGCGAGAGGAUGUUGUGACCAAUGGCAUUGGCCGAGUGGAAGGCAUCGCGGUGGACUGGAUUGCAGGCAACAUCUACUGGACAGACCAAGGUUUUGAUGUCAUCGAGGUUGCCCGGCUCAACGGCUCCUUCCGUUAUGUGGUCAUUUCCCAGGGUCUAGACAAGCCUCGGGCCAUCACUGUCCACCCGGAGAAGGGGUACUUGUUCUGGACCGAGUGGGGUCAUUACCCACGCAUUGAGCGGUCUCGCCUCGAUGGCACGGAGAGAGUGGUGUUGGUCAAUGUCAGUAUCAGCUGGCCCAACGGCAUCUCAGUGGACUAUCAGGGUGGGAAGCUCUACUGGUGUGAUGCCCGGAUGGACAAGAUCGAACGCAUCGACCUGGAGACGGGCGAGAACCGGGAGGUUGUCCUGGCCAGCAAUAACAUGGACAUGUUCUCUGUGUCUGUGUUUGAGGAUUUCAUCUACUGGAGUGACAGGACUCACGCCAAUGGCUCCAUCAAGCGCGGGUGCAAAGACAAUGCCACGGACUCGGUGCCCCUGAGAACCGGCAUUGGUGUGCAGCUCAAAGACAUCAAGGUCUUCAACAGAGACAGGCAGAAAGGUACCAACGUGUGCGCAGUAGCCAACGGCGGGUGCCAGCAGCUCUGUCUGUACCGGGGUGGUGGACAGCGAGCCUGUGCCUGUGCCCAUGGGAUGCUGGCAGAAGAUGGUGCCUCGUGCAGAGAGUACGCCGGCUACCUGCUCUACUCGGAGCGCACCAUCCUCAAGAGUAUCCACCUGUCGGAUGAGCGCAACCUCAACGCCCCAGUGCAGCCCUUCGAGGACCCUGAGCACAUGAAGAAUGUCAUUGCCUUGGCCUUUGACUACCGAGCGGGCACCUCCCCAGGCACCCCUAAUCGUAUCUUCUUCAGUGACAUCCACUUUGGGAACAUCCAGCAGAUCAAUGAUGACGGCUCAGGGAGGACCACCAUCGUGGAGAAUGUUGGCUCUGUGGAAGGCCUGGCCUAUCACCGUGGCUGGGACACGCUGUACUGGACAAGCUACACAACGUCCACCAUCACCCGCCACACAGUGGACCAGACUCGCCCUGGGGCCUUCGAGAGGGAGACCGUCAUCACCAUGUCGGGAGACGACCAUCCCAGGGCAUUCGUGCUGGACGAGUGCCAGAACCUGAUGUUCUGGACCAACUGGAACGAGCUCCACCCAAGCAUCAUGCGGGCAGCGCUCUCCGGAGCCAACGUCCUGACCCUCAUCGAGAAGGACGUCCGCACGCCCAACGGCCUGGCCAUCGACCACCGUGCGGAGAAGCUGUACUUCUCGGACGCCACCCUGGACAAGAUCGAGCGUUGCGAGUACGACGGCUCUCACCGCCACGUGAUCCUGAAGUCAGAGCCCGUCCACCCCUUUGGGUUGGCUGUGUACGGGGAGCAUAUUUUCUGGACUGACUGGGUGCGGCGGGCAGUGCAGCGGGCCAACAAGUACGUGGGCAGUGACAUGAAGCUGCUGCGAGUGGACAUCCCCCAGCAGCCCAUGGGUAUCAUCGCUGUGGCCAACGACACCAACAGCUGCGAACUGUCCCCCUGCCGUAUCAACAACGGAGGCUGCCAGGAUCUGUGUCUGCUCACCCACCAAGGCCAUGUCAACUGUUCCUGCAGAGGGGGCCGGAUCCUCCAGGAGGAUUUCACCUGCCGGGCUACGAACUCUUCUUGUCGGGCGCAAGAUGAGUUUGAGUGUGCCAACGGGGAAUGCAUCAGCUUCAGCCUUACCUGUGACGGUGUCUCCCACUGCAAGGACAAGUCAGACGAGAAGCCCUCCUACUGCAACUCACGCCGCUGCAAGAAGACUUUCCGCCAGUGCAACAACGGCCGCUGUGUCUCCAACAUGCUGUGGUGCAACGGGGUGGAUGACUGCGGGGACGGCUCGGAUGAGAUUCCCUGCAACAAGACCGCCUGCGGCGUGGGUGAGUUCCGCUGCCGGGAUGGCUCCUGCAUCGGGAACUCCAGUCGCUGCAACCAGUUUGUGGAUUGUGAGGACGCCUCCGAUGAGAUGAACUGCAGUGCCACCGACUGCAGCAGCUAUUUCCGCCUGGGCGUGAAAGGCGUGCUCUUCCAGCCUUGCGAGCGGACGUCCCUCUGCUACGCCCCCAGCUGGGUGUGCGAUGGGGCCAACGACUGUGGAGACUAUAGCGACGAGCGUGACUGCCCAGGCGUGAAGCGUCCGCGGUGCCCGCUCAAUUAUUUUGCCUGCCCCAGUGGGCGGUGCAUCCCCAUGAGCUGGACCUGUGACAAAGAAGACGACUGUGAGCACGGGGAGGACGAGACCCACUGCAACAAGUUCUGCUCAGAGGCCCAGUUCGAAUGCCAGAACCACCGGUGCAUCUCCAAGCAGUGGCUGUGUGACGGGAGUGACGACUGCGGGGACGGCUCUGACGAGGCUGCUCACUGCGAAGGCAAGACUUGCGGCCCCUCCUCCUUCUCCUGUCCCGGCACCCACGUGUGCGUCCCCGAGCGCUGGCUCUGUGAUGGUGACAAGGAUUGCGCCGAUGGCGCGGAUGAGAGCAUCUCAGCCGGCUGCUUGUACAAUAGCACCUGUGACGACCGUGAAUUCAUGUGCCAGAACCGCUUGUGCAUUCCCAAGCAUUUCGUGUGUGACCAUGACCGGGACUGUGCGGACGGUUCUGACGAAUCCCCCGAGUGCGAGUACCCAACCUGCGGCCCCAACGAGUUCCGCUGCGCCAACGGGCGCUGCCUGAGCUCCCGCCAGUGGGAGUGUGACGGUGAGAACGACUGCCACGACCAGAGUGACGAGGCCCCCAAGAACCCACACUGCACCAGCCCAGAGCACAAAUGCAACGCCUCGUCGCAGUUCCUGUGCAGCAGUGGGCGCUGCGUGGCUGAGGCGCUGCUUUGCAACGGCCAGGAUGACUGCGGGGACGGCUCCGACGAACGCGGGUGCCACGUCAAUGAGUGUCUCAGCCGCAAGCUGAGUGGCUGCAGUCAGGACUGCGAGGACCUUAAGAUCGGCUUUAAGUGCCGCUGUCGCCCUGGCUUCCGGCUUAAAGACGACGGCAGGACCUGUGCUGAUGUGGAUGAGUGCAGCACCACCUUCCCCUGCAGCCAGCUCUGCAUCAACACCCAUGGCAGUUACAAGUGUCUGUGUGUGGAGGGCUACGCACCCCGUGGUGGUGACCCCCACAGCUGCAAAGCCGUGACUGAUGAGGAGCCGUUCCUCAUCUUUGCCAACCGGUACUACCUGCGCAGGCUCAACCUGGACGGCUCCAAUUACACACUGCUUAAGCAGGGCCUGAACAAUGCUGUGGCUUUGGACUUCGACUACCGAGAGCAGAUGAUCUACUGGACCGAUGUGACCACCCAGGGCAGCAUGAUCCGAAGGAUGCAUCUCAAUGGCAGCAAUGUACAGGUGCUGCACCGGACGGGCCUUAGUAACCCAGACGGGCUGGCUGUGGACUGGGUGGGUGGCAACCUGUACUGGUGUGACAAAGGCAGAGACACCAUUGAGGUGUCCAAGCUCAAUGGGGCCUAUCGGACGGUGCUGGUCAGCUCUGGCCUCCGUGAGCCCAGGGCUCUGGUGGUGGACGUGCAGAAUGGGUACCUCUACUGGACGGACUGGGGUGACCACUCACUGAUCGGUCGGAUUGGCAUGGAUGGGUCUGGCCGCAGCGUCAUUGUGGACACUAAGAUCACGUGGCCCAAUGGUUUGACCCUGGACUACGUCACGGAACGUAUCUACUGGGCUGACGCCCGUGAGGACUACAUCGAGUUUGCCAGCCUGGAUGGCUCCAAUCGUCACGUUGUGCUGAGCCAAGACAUCCCACACAUCUUCGCGCUGACCCUGUUUGAAGAUUACGUCUACUGGACAGACUGGGAAACGAAGUCCAUCAACCGGGCCCACAAGACCACGGGUGCCAACAAAACACUCCUCAUCAGCACCCUGCACCGGCCCAUGGACCUUCACGUGUUCCAUGCUCUGCGCCAGCCAGAUGUGCCCAAUCACCCCUGCAAAGUCAACAAUGGUGGCUGUAGCAACCUGUGCCUGCUGUCCCCUGGGGGUGGUCACAAAUGUGCCUGCCCCACCAACUUUUACCUGGGUGGUGAUGGCCGUACCUGUGUGUCUAACUGCACAGCAAGCCAGUUCGUGUGCAAGAACGACAAGUGCAUCCCCUUCUGGUGGAAGUGUGACACGGAGGAUGACUGCGGGGACCACUCGGAUGAGCCUCCAGACUGUCCCGAGUUCAAGUGCCGUCCAGGCCAGUUCCAGUGCUCGACCGGCAUCUGCACCAACCCUGCCUUCAUCUGUGAUGGGGACAAUGACUGCCAAGACAACAGUGACGAAGCCAAUUGUGACAUUCACGUCUGCUUGCCCAGUCAGUUCAAGUGCACCAACACCAACCGCUGUAUUCCCGGCAUCUUCCGUUGUAACGGACAGGACAACUGCGGGGACGGAGAAGAUGAACGAGAUUGCCCCGAGGUCACCUGCGCCCCCAACCAGUUCCAGUGCUCCAUCACCAAGCGCUGCAUCCCCCGCGUCUGGGUCUGUGACAGGGACAAUGACUGCGUGGACGGCAGUGACGAACCAGCCAACUGCACCCAGAUGACCUGCGGGGUCGAUGAAUUCCGCUGCAAGGACUCCGGCCGCUGCAUUCCGGCACGCUGGAAGUGUGACGGCGAGGAUGACUGCGGGGACGGCUCCGACGAGCCCAAGGAGGAGUGUGACGAGCGCACCUGUGAGCCGUACCAGUUCCGCUGCAAGAACAACCGCUGUGUGCCGGGCCGGUGGCAGUGUGACUACGACAACGACUGCGGGGACAACUCUGACGAGGAGAGCUGCACCCCUCGGCCCUGCUCUGAGAGUGAGUUCUCCUGUGCCAACGGCCGCUGCAUCGCUGGACGCUGGAAGUGUGACGGGGAUCAUGACUGUGCCGACGGCUCAGACGAGAAAGACUGCACCCCCCGCUGUGAUAUGGACCAGUUCCAGUGUAAGAGUGGCCACUGCAUCCCCCUGCGCUGGCGCUGCGACGCGGAUGCUGACUGCAUGGAUGGCAGUGACGAGCAAGCCUGUGGCACCGGGGUGAGGACCUGCCCCUUGGAUGAAUUUCAAUGUAACAACACCUUGUGCAAGCCGCUGGCCUGGAAGUGCGACGGUGAGGACGACUGCGGGGACAACUCAGACGAGAACCCCGAGGAGUGCGCCCGCUUCAUGUGUCCUCCCAACCGGCCCUUCCGCUGCAAGAACGACCGCGUUUGCCUGUGGAUUGGGCGUCAGUGUGAUGGCACUGACAACUGUGGGGACGGGACGGACGAGGAAGACUGUGAGGCCCCCACGACCCAGAAUCCCCACUGCAAAGACAAGAAGGAGUUCCUGUGCCGCAACCAGCGCUGCCUGUCAUCCUCGCUGCGCUGUAACAUGUUUGACGACUGCGGUGACGGCUCCGAUGAAGAGGACUGCAGCAUCGACCCCAAGCUGACCAGCUGCGCCACCAACGCCAGCAUCUGCGGCGACGAGGCACGUUGUGUGCGCACCGAGAAAGCUGCCUAUUGUGCCUGCCGUUCCGGCUUCCACACUGUGCCAGGCCAGCCUGGAUGUCAGGACAUCAACGAGUGCCUGCGCUUUGGCACCUGCUCGCAGCUCUGCAACAACACGAAGGGUGGCCACCUCUGCAGCUGCGCCCGCAACUUCAUGAAGACGCACAAUACCUGCAAGGCUGAAGGCUCCGAGUACCAGGUCCUUUACAUUGCUGAUGACAAUGAGAUCCGCAGCCUGUUCCCCGGGCACCCCCACUCGGCCUACGAGCAGGCCUUCCAGGGUGAUGAGAGCGUCCGAAUAGAUGCCAUGGAUGUUCACGUCAAGGCCGGCCGAGUCUACUGGACCAACUGGCACACGGGCACGAUCUCCUAUCGGAGUCUGCCACCGGCUGCACCUCCUACCACUUCCAACCGUCACCGGAGGCAGAUUGACCGGGGCGUCACUCACCUCAAUAUUUCAGGGCUGAAGAUGCCACGGGGAAUUGCCAUCGACUGGGUGGCCGGGAAUGUGUACUGGACCGACUCUGGCCGAGACGUGAUUGAGGUGGCACAAAUGAAGGGCGAGAACCGCAAGACACUCAUCUCGGGCAUGAUUGAUGAGCCCCAUGCCAUCGUGGUGGACCCACUGAGGGGUACCAUGUACUGGUCAGACUGGGGGAACCACCCCAAGAUCGAGACAGCUGCGAUGGAUGGGACCCUUCGAGAGACUCUCGUGCAGGACAACAUUCAGUGGCCCACAGGCCUAGCUGUGGAUUAUCACAAUGAGCGGCUCUACUGGGCAGACGCCAAACUUUCGGUCAUCGGCAGCAUCCGGCUCAACGGCACUGACCCCAUCGUGGCUGCUGACAGCAAGCGAGGCCUAAGUCACCCCUUCAGCAUCGAUGUGUUUGAGGACUAUAUCUACGGUGUCACUUACAUCAAUAACCGUGUCUUCAAGAUCCACAAGUUUGGACACAGCCCCUUGGUCAACCUGACUGGGGGCCUGAGCCACGCCUCUGAUGUGGUACUUUACCAUCAACACAAACAGCCGGAAGUGACCAACCCCUGCGACCGCAAGAAGUGUGAGUGGCUCUGUCUGCUGAGCCCCAGUGGGCCUGUCUGUACCUGUCCCAAUGGAAAGAAACUGGAUAAUGGCACCUGUGUGCCUGUGCCCUCUCCAACACCCCCUCCAGAUGCCCCUAGGCCUGGGACCUGCACCCUCCAGUGCUUCAAUGGCGGGAGCUGUUUCCUCAAUGCGCGAAGGCAGCCCAAGUGCCGCUGCCAGCCCCGCUACACCGGCGACAAGUGUGAGCUGGACCAGUGCUCGGAGUACUGUCAAAACGGGGGCACCUGUGCCGCUUCCCCCUCUGGCAUGCCCACGUGCCGGUGCCCCACAGGCUUCACGGGCCCCAAAUGCACCCAGCAGGUGUGUGCAGGCUAUUGUGCCAACAACAGCACCUGCACCGUCAACCAGGGCAACCAGCCCCAGUGCCGAUGUCUACCUGGCUUCCUGGGUGACCGUUGCCAGUACCGGCAGUGCUCAGGCUACUGUGAGAACUUUGGCACAUGUCAGAUGGCUGCCAACGGCUCCCGACAAUGUCGCUGCACUGUCUACUUUGAGGGGACAAAGUGUGAGGUGGACAAGUGCAGCCGUUGUCUCCAAGGUGCCUGUGUGGUCAAUAAGCAGACCGGAGACGUCACUUGCAACUGCACUGAUGGCCGGAUAGCCCCCAGUUGUCUGACCUGCGUCGAUCACUGUAGCAAUGGCGGCUCCUGUACCAUGAACAGCAAGAUGAUGCCCGAGUGCCAGUGCCCACCCCAUCUGACGGGCCCCCGCUGUGAGGACCAGGUCGUCAGUCAACAGCAGCCUGGACACAUGGCUUCCAUCCUGAUCCCGCUCCUGCUGCUCCUGCUGCUGCUGGUGGUGGCAGGAGCCGUGUUCUGGUACAAGCGGCGAGUCCGAGGGGCCAAGGGCUUCCAGCACCAGCGGAUGACCAACGGGGCCAUGAAUGUGGAAAUUGGGAACCCUACCUACAAGAUGUAUGAAGGUGGGGAGCCCGAUGAUGUCGGGGGUCUACUGGACGCCGAUUUUGCCCUGGAUCCUGACAAGCCUACCAACUUCACCAACCCGGUAUAUGCCACACUCUACAUGGGAGGCCAUGGCAGCCGCCACUCCCUGGCCAGCACGGACGAGAAGCGGGAACUCCUGGGCCGGGGACCUGAGGACGAGAUAGGGGAUCCCUUGGCAUAGGGCCCUGCCCCAACGGACGUCCUCAGAAAGCCCCCCGACAGACGCGUCCUUCAAUGAGCCCCCUCCCCAGCCAGCCCUUCCCCGGCCGGCCCUGCCGGAUGUACAAAUGUAAAAAUGAAGGAAUUACUUUUUAUAUGUGA